GCUUCGGGCGCGGUCAGCCCCCUGCCCAGGUGUGCGGACCGGAGCCGAACUCCGUCCCGGAGGCCCCAGAGCCCGGAGGGAGGAGCGCCUGCUGGAGUUAAGUUCCCCGGGAGUUGGGCGCGGGGCGCUCCGGUGCCCGAAGCGGGGCCGGCGCCCUGGGUCUGGCCCUGCCGAGCCGUGAACGCCGCGUCGCCGGACAGUGGGGGAGCACCGCGCUUGCAGCGCCUGCCCCGCCUAGGUUGGCUCCUAACGCGGGGUGACCCGAGCGGUGCCCCUGUGGGCCGUGCAUCUGUGCGGGUGUGCAGGUAUCUCACCGAGGACGCCGCCGGCCCGCAGGCAGGUGGAGAGAGAACUUGUGGAGUACAUGAGCUCAUCUGUAUUAGAAAAGUAUCUCCAGAGGCAGUUGGAUUUUUGUCAGCUGUUGGGGUGUUUAUUAUCUUGAUGCUGCUCCUUUUUCUCUAUAUUAAUAAGAAGUUCUGUUUUGAAAAUGUUGGCGGGUUUCCAGAUCUUGGAUCAGGAUAUGGUGCAAGGAAGAAUUCACAAGAUAAAAUGUAUAAUUCCUACAUGGACAGAGAUGAGCAUGGUUCGUCGUCUGAAAGUGAAGAUGAAGCUUUGGGUAAAUAUCAUGAGGCUUUGUCCAGAACACACAGUUCUAGACUGCCAUUGGUAGAUUCUAGACAAAAGAACUAUGCUUGGGAAACAAGACAAAAGUACAGUCCUUUAUCUGCGGAGUAUGAUGGAUACAGUAGUGAAGCGUCAGUAGAUGAAGGAAACUGCAUUCAGAGAAUGAGAAGAACACCCCCACUGGACGAGCUGCAGCCGCCACCGUAUCAGGAUGACAGUGGUUCUCCCCAUCUCUCAUGUACCCCCUCAGAGAUUGGGGACAGUAAGUGUGAGUUUUCCCACUGCAGCAACAGUCCAAGAUGCUCGUAUAACAAAUGCCCAAGUGAAGGAAGCACAGGUCGCGAAGUAGAAAGUUUCCAUAAUAAAGGAUAUGAAGAAGAUGUUCCGAGUGACAGCACUGCGGUCUUGAGCCCAGAAGAUAUGUCAGCUCAAGGAUCAUCUUCACAGCUUCCUAAACCUUUUGAUCCUGAGCCAGAAGCUAAAUACGGCACUCUGGAUGUGACUUUUGACUAUGACUCACAAGAACAGAAGCUUUUGGUAACAGUGACAGCUGUCACAGACAUCCCAGCAUAUAACAGGGCAGGUGGCAACUCAUGGCAAGUACACCUUGUUCUUCUACCUAUAAAGAAACAGAGAGCGAAAACCAGCAUCCAAAGAGGACCAUGCCCCGUCUUCACAGAAACAUUCAAAUUUAAUCACGUCGAAUCUGAGAUGAUUGGGAAUUAUGCAGUUCGCUUUAGACUGUAUGGAGUACAUCGCAUGAAAAAGGAAAAAAUUGUGGGGGAAAAGAUUUUUUACUUAACAAAAUUGAAUCUUCAAGGAAAAAUGUCAUUACCUGUGAUAUUGGAACCUUCUUACAAUCAUUCUGGCUGUGACUCCCAAGUGAGCGUGUCAGAGAUGUCCUGCACCGAGAGCGCAUCCUCUUGUCAGUCUCUAGAACAUGGCUCGGUUCCCGAGAUUCUCAUUGGUUUGCUUUACAACGCCACCACAGGAAGAUUAUCAGCAGAAGUGAUAAAAGGCAGCCACUUCAAAAACCUGGCUGCAAACAGACCACCCAAUACAUAUGUUAAGUUAACGCUGCUGAAUUCCAUGGGUCAAGAAAUGUCCAAAUGCAAGACAUCCAUCCGCAGAGGGCAGCCGAAUCCAGUGUACAAGGAAACUUUUGUGUUCCAAGUGGCCCUUUUUCAGCUGUCUGAUGUGACACUUAUCCUGUCUGUGUAUAACAAACGCAGCAUGAAAAGAAAAGAGAUGAUAGGAUGGAUUUCUCUAGGUCUGAACAGUUCUGGGGAAGAGGAACUCAGUCACUGGACUGAAAUGAAGGAGUCUAAAGGACAGCAAGUCUGCAGAUGGCAUGCAUUACUGGAGUCAUGACAGCUGGGACGGGAAGCCAGGCCACCCCAGGCAGCACCAUCAGCAGUUGCAACGCUGCUGUGUUCACCUGGUCACCCGUAGAAGAGCUUGUUCUUUGAAGAGUCAAAUCCAACAUUCUACCAAAUGCUUUAAAUUCCACGGAAAUAACAUCAACUGCUGGCGUGAAUGAAUGGCGUGGGUGUGGUGGAGUUUGUCUAACAAACUGAGAAACGUACAUUAUUGCUGUUGUACUAACAGUCCUCUGGAGAUUUAAUAACAUACUUUUGAUUUGAAGUUACUUUUACUUUAGCAAAAAAAGCCAGCAAUUUCAUGGGCGGUUAUGUGAUUUUAGUUAUAACACUGUUUUAGUAUCACUCUUCAUAGAAUCCGUAAAACAUAUUUUGACUGGCAGGUCCCUGGUGUUUAUAGUGGAAAGGAGGUCACCAUCUAUCUAAUGGGGAAGGGUUUUGACCACAUUGAAAAUAGUUUUUAUUUCUGAUAAAUUCAUUCUGUGUCCUUAGUUUCAUUGUGUCUCAGUUCUUUUCCAUAGUGCUAAAUCUAAAUGGAAGCAAGCAUUCAUUUUCAUAAAGGAAUUUUUAAGGUUUUUUCUUUAAGUUUAUUUCUUCCUUUGCUUCUGCUUUUCUUCAAAGAGACCAAGUCAAGUCCUGGUCCCUUGCAAACCUUUUGGACAGGUUGUACUGUAGAACUAUGUAACUUUCUGUUGAAAGCACUUCCUGUAUACUUGUAUUCCAAUAUAGGAAGCCAGUAGGGCAGUACUUUGAUUUAGAAUGUCUUCCAUGACUGACUCUUUACAAUUGUAGUAAUAUGGGAAAAAAAAUUUUAACAAACUGGAAAAUACAGUAGAUAAGCUAUUGAAAAUUGAAAAAAUUCAAGUUAAAGAAAACUUUAUCUGGUCUGUGUAUUUAGUAACCAACACUGUAUAAUCCAAAUAAGAAGCUCUUCUGUCUCUAAAUCUUCACUAAAUUGAAGAAUUUAUAUUGUGAUAUUAAGACUAUCCAGCUCUCAGUCUGAUUCAGAAAAUCAAGUUAGAAACAGUUCUGAGAUUCCUUAUGAAGUUUCCAGUGAUUUGUGACUAGAUUUUAUGAACUUUACAGAUAAUAUUCUUUAAUGUGAUGUCAUCCUGUGCCUUUCAUGUACGUGAAAUUUGCUCAUACAGCUUAGAAGUUGUAUUUGCAAAAUUAGGCCUUCGAUUUUUAUAAAUGUAAAGAUUCCUCAGAACAAUGUCACAAGACCUUUAGUUCCUCUAAAGUAUGCAAUUGUAUAAUGUACAAAUUUUUUUUAAAUGGCAAGGCAGUUUCAUUUGUUAUUUUUAUAUUUAGGAACUAAUUAAUCUGGAAUAUUAUAAGCUACUUUCUUUUAAUUUUGCUUCUUACCUGUUAUAUAAUUUUAUGCACAUACUUUAUUAAAUUGAGUAUGUUUUAUAUGUAUGAAAAACAUUUUCUUUUUCUCAUUUUGAGUUAAACUAGACAAAAAUUCUCUACUUACCAAUUAGUAAAAAGUAAUAUAUCAUUUUUCCUAGUCCCGUUUAAGUACUAUAUAUUUUUGCAAGCUAGAACUUGUUAUUGUCAUAAUAACAAAACCCUGCAUAUUCACUUAGCUGUACUGAAAGGCCUUAAAAGAAUCCAAAAGACCAUUAACUCCUAUAGUUUUUAGUUUAACAAAAGGCAGUUCUGUGGCUUUUUUUUUUUUUUUUUUUGGUUUUUGUCCGGUACCGGGAA